ACCCGCAACGGCCACACUACCACGAGACCAAACAAAAACAAACUCAUUUUAAUUAAUUAAUUUAAAUAAAACUAGUUAUGGCUGUGCUACCACCAGACCCUGUAUUCAGCCUGCGAUCCCCCGACAUGGGAGCCGUGAACUCACUUUGCUUUCAGGAAAACGAUCGCCUGUUGGCGGGAACCAUUAAAGGCAGUGUUUUCCUUUGGGACUUGCAGACCAACCGCUCCGCCCUGCACUUCGAAGUAGGAUCCGACCCCAUAACCAGCCUGCACCACACCCCCGAUCGCCUGGUGACCCAGGAGAAGGGCGGCACCAUCACCAUGUUCUCCAUCGGCGGCAGUAGCUACGUAAAGGAGCGCAGCAUUCCAGGCAACCACCUAGGCUACUGUCGAUCUGCCCUGCACACGGGCACCAGCAACACCAAUGAGCAGCUGCUCUUCUAUCCCUGCGAGGAGUCCUCCAUCGGGGUGCUCCAUGUAACAGAUGCAGCGGCCCCAACCCAGAUGCUAACCCCAGAGGACCCGCAGCUGCCAAAACUGGGCAGUGUGACCUGCUUCAAGCCCUUCGAGUCCGCCUCGCAGCUCUUCCUGCUGGCUGGCUACGAGUCCGGUCACUUCCUCACCUGGGACAUCAGCUCGGGCGUCAUUGUGGAUGUGCUAGAGCUGGCGCAGGAUGCCACCUGCGUGGAUUAUGAUCCAGUGACGAAUCGCGGCAUUGUGGGUAGUCCUACCGACAAACUAAUUAGUUUCAGCUACCAACGACCGUCUAUGCAACUACAGCGGGGCUCGGAGCUGAGCAUCAAGAAUCCAGGAGUGAAUUGCGUCCGAAUUCGCUCCGACCAGAAGGUGUUUGCCAGUGCCGGCUGGGACGGACGCAUUCGGAUCUUCUCGUGGAAAAGCCUCCGACCACUGGCCGUGCUGACGCAGCACAAAAAUGGCGGAGUAAUGGACCUGGCCUACUCCAGCCAACAGGUGGCCAUGUGGCGGGCUCCCAUCAUGGCGGCAGCCGGCAUGGACAGCCAAAUAUCCCUGUGGGACCUCUACAACUGAGCUGCGAUCUAUUCUUAAGUGUUGUAGUGUCUGUAUCAGAGACCCUUACUUGCAAUGGUCAAGAAAUCCUCCUGAACCAAUUUUCCAUGUACAAGUAUUUUUGUAAUGACCUUUGGAUAGUGGCUCCGGUUCGGAAAAUGUUACUGAUUAUGGUUAUGUUUGAAGCCAACGGAUUGUCUUGGCAACAUACAUAUCGUAGGUGCCUGCAGCUAUUAAAUUAAGUAACUAAAACUAA